CAUAUUUCAACAUCCCAUCAUCUGAAAUAUAUAUUCUUUUAAUAGCGUCUAUGAAAAUUAAAUAAGUACAGAAUCUCGGGGUACUCCUACAGUACAUUUUAUUGAAUCAGAUUAUUUCAUUCUCUUUUAUGAAUCACUUAGGUUUAGUACCUAUGGACGUCUCUGACGAAGUUUCUAAUGAGGUUCCCAUUGAGAAUGAAGUUCCUAUCAAGGAUGAAGUUUGUGUCAAGAAUGAAGUUCUCAAUGAAGUUGAUGAGAAAGCUAAUGAUACCAUGUCUGACAAAGAAUUCAAAGAAGAUCAUGUCAAGUUAGAUGACAAAGUUAGUGAUAAAAUUGCCGACAAAGUUAGUGAUGAAAUUGCCGACAAAGUUAGUGAUGAAAUUGUCGACAAAGUUAAUGACACACUUUCUGACAAAGUUUCUGCUGAUGCUGAAGCUCUCGAGAAACUUACUGAUGAAGCUUCCAAACCAGAUUUGAGCACCAACUUGGUCUUGACAGAGGAUAUUGUAAAAUUAUUGAAGUGUUCACUUUGCAAUCAGUACCUUUCCUACCCUCCAGUGUACAUCAUAUCCGAGGUAGAUGCAAAAUAUAAAUGUGGCAGAUGUACAAUUUACACUCGUUUCAAAAUGAGAGCUGUUAUGUAUGAGAAUUUGGCAAAAUUCAUGAAAUUCCCUUGCAUUUAUAAGGGUUGUCCCUUAAAAAUAGAGUGGGAAGAGGUGAGAGAACAUGAGAGAAAUUGUAAGUAUCGUACGUUGAUAUGCAUAGCACCAGAUUGCGUUGAACAUGUAAUGUACGAUAAGUUUGCUGCCCAUUUCAAAGAGAAACACAUUAAAUUUUUCCAGACAAACACAAUGAUUCGUGAAAACGUACACACCAAGACUGGCAUGGUCGUUUUAGAAAAGGAAGAUAAAUGCUACGUGGUAUUCUUUGAUAACGACGUAGACAGAUUCAGAAUUUCUGUGUGUUCAUUUGGUACUGCUGAUAAGCAGUUUGAAAUGGUGUUUGGCUCGAAAGAAAAACCACAUUCCAUUAUUGUUUCUGAGCAGAACAUAGUUCCUUUCAAUGAAAAAGUGCAUUGCUACAAAUGCUUGUUAGGAGAGUGCAAAUAUAACUUUCACAUCUACAGGAAUAACAGGAAAGGUAUACUGAAACAUGUUCAUACCAAAAUCGAUAGAGAAAUGAUCAAACGUACAUUUGGUGGAAGCACCGUCACCUGUACUGUAAAUGUUGUUGAUGAGAAAAUUGAAGCUGAAGAUGAAUUGGAUGAACUCCUAAUGGGUAAAGAUGUUAUUAUAGAUGAGGUGAAUGAUGAUGAAGAAGUAGAGAAGGUUGUCAAGGAAGAAGAGAAUUCUGCUCUCAGCAACAUGCUGAAAUGCCCCAGUUGUGAAGAACAGAUGGCACCGCCUAUUUACGAAUGCUUAUCUGGACAUACAAUGUGCAACAGCUGCAAAGUUAAAUCAGAGAAGUGUUCUUCUUGCGAAGCUCAAAUAGAGAAUACUAGAAACUACAUAUUGGAAGAGGUGGUGGCAAAUCUGAAACUUGUUGGUCAAGAAAAGACAGAGAAAGUUGAAAUUUCAGAUGAUGAAAUAACUUGUCCAGUAGCGAAAUGUCACGAAAAAGUAAAAUUGCAGGCAAUCAGCAAUCACUUCAAAGAAAAUCACAUUACCAAUUUCCAUUUCAAUAAUUUAAUGAUAAAGGACGUCUAUGGAUAUUAUAAUGUGGAUGUCUUAGUGAAAGAUGGAAAAACGUAUUUGAUAUUUUUUGAUUUUGAUGAUUGUUCUUUCGGGAUAAGUGUUUGCUCCUUAGAACCAGAUCAACACAGAUAUGAGGUGAAAUUGCAAGCUGAUAAUAAGAAGUAUUCAAUAAUUUCCACCAAUCAGAAGAUAAUUCUGUUCAACGAUAAAGAACACUGUGCAAAAUGUUCCAUAGGCGUGUGCAAAAUCGCGGAUCACACGUAUCGGCAAAAGAGAAAAGCCAUUUUCCGUCGCCUCACCACCAAGAUGGCCCGAGACUGUGUUCGUCGCACUUUCCGUUCCAACAAGAUGUCCUUCAAGAUCAGCAUUCUGGAACCGCGUGAUUCGCACACUGACAAGAUAUUGCGACGGCUGUUCGAGUGCCCUAUCUGCAAGGAUUAUAUGGCUCCGCCGAUCCUCCAGUGCGUCACAGGACACACGCUGUGCAAUGUCUGCAAAACGAAGCUUGAAAAGUGCCCGUCAUGUGAGGGCAAGAUCGAAGGAACGAGGAAUCAUUUCCUGGAGAAGAUGACCGAAUCGAUGGAGCUGCCCUGUCUAUAUGAAUCAGAGAGCUGUGUUUAUCGCGCCGGAAUCAAGAGGGUAGCUGCGCAUGAGUUGGAGUGUCCUUUGAAGACGAAGAAAGUGUGUAGGGAAGCAAAGGAUGCUUGAACAUAUUGUUUGGUUGAACAUGGAAAUGCUACCAGCAGUUAAAGAAUUAAGCAUUAAUUGUAUUAAUUAUAAUGUGUCCUAUUUGGGACAAGUCUUUUUAAGGUUUACUUUAUGUAACUGGCACAAUAUAGAUGUGGAAUAUCUC